GAAGAGCGAGCGGAGCAAGAGGCCCCGAGAGUUUGGCGGCGGCUGAGAUCCCCCGAGAGCGACGGCCCCGCGGGCCCGAGAGGCGCUUCCCGGCCCGAUGUGACCCGCGCACCCUGCCCGAGCGCCGGCCCUGCGCGGCGGGCGGCGAAACUUCUCCGCGGCUUCAGGCGCCGGGGCACCGGCCCCGCCACGACUGCCCGGGCUGCGGGUAGGGGAGGCGAGCGGAGGACGCCCAGGGUGAUGUGAGCAGAGCCCAGGAAUGCCUUAUGUGGACCGGCAGAACCGAAUCUGUGGGUUUCUGGACAUCGAGGAGAAUGAGAACAGCGGCAAGUUUCUGCGGAGGUACUUUAUUCUGGACACGCAGGCCAACUGCCUUCUCUGGUACAUGGACAACCCCCAGAACCUGGCAAUUGGGGCAGGAGCCGUCGGAUCUUUGCAGCUGACCUACAUCUCGAAGGUGAGCGUAGCCACCCCAAAGCAGAAACCCAAAACUCCGUUUUGCUUCGUCAUCAACGCCCUCUCGCAGAGGUAUUUUCUUCAAGCCAAUGACCAGAAAGAUCUGAAGGACUGGGUCGAAGCCCUGAACCAAGCCAGCAAAAUCACCGUACCCAAAGUUGGGAACCUGCCCCUGACCACUGAAGUUCUCAAGAGCCUAGCAACUCCUCCAGCCCUAGAGAAGAAGCCACAGGUGGCCUACAAGACAGAGAUCAUCGGAGGGGUGGUGGUACACACGCCAAUCAACCAGAAUGGUGGGGAUGGGCAGGAAGGCAGUGAGCCCGGCUCGCACGCCAUCCUUCGAAGGUCUCAGAGUUACAUCCCCACGACCGGCUGCCGUGUUCCCACCGGGCCCCCCCUCAUUAAGAGCGGCUAUUGUGUGAAGCAAGGGAACGUGCGCAAGAGCUGGAAACGACGCUUCUUCGCGCUGGAUGACUUUACCAUCUGCUACUUCAAGUGUGAGCAGGACCGAGAACCACUGCGUACCAUAUUCCUCAAGGACGUUCUCAAGACCCACGAGUGUCUGGUCAAGUCUGGUGAUCUGCUAAUGAGGGACAACCUGUUUGAAAUAAUAACCAGCUCCAGGACCUUCUACGUGCAGGCGGACAGUCCGGAAGACAUGCACAGCUGGAUUAAGGAGAUCGGGGCAGCUGUCCAGGCCCUCAAGUGCCACCCCAGAGAAAUGUCCUUUUCUCGAUCCAUUUCUUUGACACGCUCUGGAAGCUCCAGCCUCUCAGGGGGGCACAACUCCGUCUUGGGCAGAGUGCGGCCGCCCAUGGAGGAGAGAAAGGCCCUCUGCAAAGCCCCCUCUGUGGCCUCCUCUUGGCAGCCGUGGACACCUGUCCCCCAGGCCGGGGAGAAGCUGCUUCCCACUGAAGAGACUCCUGAGGACUCUCUGUUCACGCCUCGCCUGGGGGAGAGCAGUACUUCCCGGGUGCUGCCCAGCGCCCGGAUAAGGCACAGAUCGGAGCCCCAGCACCCCAAGGAGAAGCCAUUUGUGUUCAACCUCGAUGAUGAAAACAUACGGACCUCGGAUGUGUGAUGAGGCACAGUGCCCGGGAGGGAGGGGGAGGACUCAGACAUGCAAGGGGCCAGGACUCCGUUUCUCCAGCUGCUGGAGGAUGGUCAGAGGCCUCCCUGGCGCGCACAUCCCUGUGGGGCUCUUUGUGGAGCCGGGGGCCGGGGGCACCCAGCUGACUUUAAAAAUAAAAAAUCAGUGCAGUGUUUUUAAUUUGGGAAAGUCACUAGGUUAGACCUGUGGGCUUGCUUAGUGGAGAGCAGGGUGCCUCUUUCUUGACCCUUGCAUGGUCCACCUGGUGAGAGGGGGGUGGAAGUCCAGGUUCAUCCCUAGCCAAGUUCCUUGUCCUCGUCUUAGUUUCCCCUUGUUUUCAGGCCAGGCACAGAAUCUUGAGGCCAGUCAUCUGGUUUUAUCCUGUUCCUGUUCAUUGGCUGAAGUUGACUGUGAAGUAGGAGGGUGGUAACCAACCCUGCUGAAAGAAGGGGGGAGAGGAGGAGGGGUACCCAGGCUCCAGCUUGGCUGGGAUACAUUCUGAGGGGAGGUGUUAAAAUCUGGGUGCUGGUGGGGGGCCCUGCAUGUCAACCAGGGCAGAUCUGCCCCCCACCCCGGGACCUCCAUAGGGGAAGAAAUAGGUACGUCCUGUAAGGUAUGGGGGAAUAAUUCAACCCCAGUGCAUCAGCCAGUUUUGGGAAUUACUGUAUUCUCUUUGACGUGUUCUUUGACCCCAGACCUGCCCACCUUGUUUCUGUGUCAUGCCCUUAGGAUGGGUUUAUCAGUGUUCAGUGCUGUGAACGGGACGGACAUCGCCCUUGAUAUGGCUUUACUUGGAAGUGUAUGAUAAUUCACUUGUGCGAUACAUCAGAUCUGUAUUUUAGAGUUUGAGAGCUGCUUUAAAAAGCAGGUGCCGGGAAGAGAUGGAGUUUAGUUCAUCUGUUUUCCAGACAGAGGAAAAGGUCUCUUUUAGCAAAGACAAAUUAUCUUGAGUCCUUCCCUCUCGGCUGUUCUUUCACGGGCCGCCAGUAGUCUAGUUUUAAGUGCUGUAUGUUGUAUACCCUAGCAGAUUUGCUUUCUUUCUAUUCUUCAUGUUGUGCUUUGGAUGAUGCCUCGUGUCUGUACUUGCAUGAUGAAACCUUGUCAUCUGAUGAGGUUCUAUGUACUUACCAGCGAGGAGAUAACAAAAGAUAAUCUUGAGAGAUAGUUAUAUUUUUAAUAAAAUAGAAACUGUGCAUAGAAACAUUGAUUUAGAGGCUGUGCAUUGCUGGCUAGAGAUUUCCUGGGUAGAAGAGCAUAGAUUGUACUUCCUGUCCGGUAUUUUAGGGUGCACCUUCUUCCAUUUGACGAGAGAUGCAAUUUCCGGGGUCCCUGGGAGAAUUUGUCUGUCCAGCUUAUGUGGUGAACUGCUACCAGGGUUCCCUAAAGGAAGGGAGCUUAACUCAGUUCUGUCUAUAACUUUUUAUCAGCUAGAUCAAUUAAUUUUGUCCUUAAGUUAAAAAUGAACGAGUAGAGGGGGAGACUGAGAGAAGCGUUUUUACCUAAGUCUGUCCACUUCCCCUCCUUGUGUUCAAAUCUAAGGCAGGGGCAAAAACAUGUGAUCAUAAAAUCCUUGGUGGCUUGAGGGAAAUCUUCUGUUUCUUUCAGGCAGUGUAGUAUCCUCGAAGUCUGUGUUAGGUUGAGAACUUUUCUUGCCUGUACUGCUUUGGAGAUAACCUUCACGUAAAUUGUUUAGUCUAGAGAUUCUGGUAUAAAAAAGGAAGUCUACUCUGGAUUUCUUUCUCUCUCUCGUUUUCUCUCUCUGUUUUCUCUUUUCUGCAGCCUCUUGUAUACUUUUGUCCUGAGAAAUCCUUGGUUUGGGGAUGAUUUCUUUAUGAGUGAUCAAGGUGACAACAUACUUCAAGUAGCCUAUUUUUAAGAAGCCAUUCCCAAUUCUUUAAAGUUCUUUGUCUCAGGUUUCAUCUUCAAAUUUUCCUCAAGAAAAUUCUUUGGCUAGGUCAAAGGAAGUGCACAGAGAUAUGGAACUAACAAAAAUAAAUUAGGAACUUUUGAGAUCUCUUUAAACAUUCCCUAACUCAUGGAAAGAUAUCAUCUCUUGGUGUUUUUAAGUUGUGAAAAUUAACUCAUUUCUUCCUCUCUUUUAAAUAAACUCUCCUGCCAGAUUACUACUGCUAAAUUAAUUGGCCAUUAUGGUAAGCUGAUCUGUUUCUUAUUCAGUAAGAUCUAUUUUGAGAAUGUAUUAAAUUAAAUAUACUUACAAACCAGAUUGUAUUAUCAUGAUAGAGGGAAAACAAGGAUUCUAGUUGGCAGAUACUUGAGAAUUCCAAGUUUGAACGUUGUUAAUGUAGUUCCAACACCAGAUAAAUAUAAUUAUCUUCAGUGAAGCCUAGAGGCAUUCUCAUUGCCAGAUCUUAUUUCAGAAUUCCUUUUGUGCCCAUAUUCCUUGGCUUCUGCUUAAUUUCACAUCACACUUUUUUUUUGUAUAUCAUGUGUUUUUAAAUAUCUUCGUUGGAGUAUAAUUGCUGUACAAUGUUGUGUUAGUUUCUGCUGUACAACAAAGUGAAUCAACUGUAUGUAUACAUAUAUCCCCUCCGUCAUGAGCCUCCCUCCUCCCCUCCCCACCCCCUCCUCUAGGUGGUCACAGUCACAAAGCACCGAGCUGAUCUCCCUGCACAUCAUACCUUUUAAUGUCACUACACAUGUGAGCCAAAGAUAGUGCAUAUAUGACCAAAGCACUUGAUUUUUAAUGUGAAAAAUGGAACCAAAUGGAAAAAACAAGGCAGGGAUGCAGUAUUGGUUCGCAUUUAAGUGCAUAGGCUCUGGAAGAAAUCUGUUAAAAAAAAAAAAGGAACCAAAAAAGGUACUGCAUAUGUGAAUGUGUGUGUGUGGAAUAAAAGCAUUCUCUGAAUUGCGCUGUUUUCAUAAGACUUGAUGUGGUCUCGACCCGCUGUGUAUAACAAUUUCAGGUGUCUCCCCUUAGCUGAACUAUUAUUGUCCACUGUUCUUGAAAAUUAAGGGUUUGCUUGUUCAGCGUGAGCUGGUGGCUGAACACAGUGUGGCCUUUUGCAUUCUGUGAGAUGCUAGUCGUCCUAAGGUGUCCAUCAAGGAAAGUGAUCUCAGGUGAAAAUAGCGGAGUUACACAUCGGUUUCUGAGUAGAAACUGUGAGAAAGAGUCCAACUUCAUAGUUCACUUGAGGCAGAAGGUGGUCCCCUCCUGUGUCCCCUCCCACCCCACCCCCCCAAUGUAACUGUGCUCUGAUAUGGGCUAAAAGGAUCCAAUAAAUAAGUGGCAGAUUCAGUAGUUGAGCAGUGGGAUUUGCUAUGUGUGUUUUCACUGUUAACCAGAUAAAUAGGCCUGAGGAGGUAGCAGUGUUUUGGAAACUGAGUUUCCCAAAUCAGCUUGGUUUAUAAACUUUGAACCUGUCAGAAAUGGACAUGUUUAUUGCAUCUUUUCUACCAAUGUCACUUUUGUUCCCUUUUACUCCCCUUUUCUCUCUGUUAUUGCCUGCAGUAGUGAAUUACAGUCACUCAUGCUCCGUAGAGUCUGAAUAAAGCUGAUAUUUGGUCGAAAACCGUACUGUUUGACCCCCUCCCCCAGCUGCUCCCGAAGGUGUGGCAUGAUUCUGUGUUUUGAACUAGUAUGUUUCAGCUGUGAAAUGCAGUGACUCUAGGCUGAGCUGAGCGCAUGGAAACUCUUACGCUUCUCAUUUUAUGUGAUCUCUUAAUUGGUAUGUAGCAAAAAAUAAUUUUCUAAAACUGUUUUGUUGCUUGUUUUGUAAUAAAACCAUGUGAAAUCCUGAAAUCAUG